CAAGUACAGCGAAGCGGAGAGAGCCGGAGGAGGUGGCGUCCAGCGGGCGUUGUGAAGGGGAGGCGGGGAAGCAGCAUGGCAGCGGCGUCAAUGCUCCGGGUCUCCGUCAGCUUGCUGCACAGGCAAAGGACAGCCUAUGCGGACUGCAUCGCAAUGGUGUCUUCUAGAGCAAUGGCUUCCAAAACUUCUGUCGGAUUCAUUGGUUUGGGUAACAUGGGAAAUCCAAUGGCGAAAAACCUUGUAAAACAUGGCUAUCCUGUUAUCGCGUAUGAUGUAUUUCCAGAAGCAUGUAAAGAAUUUCAAGAACUGGGUGCACAGGUAACAGAUUCCCCAGCAGAUGUAGCAGAAAGAGCUGACAGGAUUAUUACAAUGCUUCCGUCUAAUCCUAACGCAAUAGAAGUUUACACAGGCACCAAUGGAAUUCUCAAGAAAGUGAAGAAAGGUUCUUUGUUAAUAGAUUCCAGUACUAUUGAUCCUGUAGUUUCAAAAGAACUUGCUAAAGAAGCUGAAAAAAUGGGAGCUGUUUUUAUGGAUGCUCCUGUUUCUGGUGGUGUUGGAGCUGCUCGUGCAGGAAAUCUUACAUUCAUGGUUGGGGGAGUAGAGCAAGAAUUUGAUGCAGCAAAGGAGUUGCUCACGUGCAUGGGUUCCAAUGUGAUCUAUUGUGGAGAAGUUGGAACUGGACAGGCUGCAAAAAUCUGCAACAACAUGCUAUUAGCCAUCAGUAUGAUUGGAACUGCUGAGACUAUGAAUCUUGGAAUCAGGUUAGGGCUUGACCCAAAGCUGCUGUCCAAAAUCCUAAAUAUGAGUUCAGGCCGUUGUUGGUCAAGCGAUACUUACAACCCUGUUCCAGGAGUAAUGGAAGGGGUGCCUUCUGCUAACAAUUAUCAAGGUGGCUUUGGAACAACACUGAUGGCCAAGGAUCUUGGUUUGGCCCAAAAUUCUGCUACCAAUACCAAGACGCCAAUCCCUCUUGGCUCCCUAGCCCAUCAGGUUUACAGAAUCAUGUGUGCCAAGGGCUAUGCCCAGAAAGACUUCUCAUCUGUGUUCCAGUUUUUACGUGAAGAGGAGAACUUGUGAGAUCUUUUAAAGAACGGACCCUGUUAGAAACCAUGUUAUUUGGAGCUUCCUUGCAGAUUACUCAAAGAUACAUGGGUUAAAUCAAAGAUCAUGAAUCAUGAUCUCACCCAUCUCUAUCUGCUGGGGUCACAGCUGACUCCAGGAUUUUUUGUUUCUUAUUUGAAAGUUUAUGGGAAUGUUUUUUUAUCAUCUAACAAUACUUAUCCAACUUAAGGAACAGUCCUAUGCAUGUAUAGACAGAAAAAAGUCUUACAACUGUCAUCAUGGCCCAAGUGGUAAGGCCAUUUCUGUCUAAACAUGCAAAGAAUUGCACUCUUCAAGAAGCAUAGUAGGAUUCAAACAAAAUCCAGUGUAUGUAUUUGCACACAAAACUGAGUGCAUAGUUCUAAACUAUGCAAAAAUAACUGUGAUGAAGGGAACUGAGCUGAGCUUCCUAUCUAAGUUUCUAAUAACCACUUUAUCUUUUUUAACAAAAAAGAUUAUUGCAGUGAAAGACUUUCCUGAUAUUUUUUUAAAUCUCAUUUUGGCCUUGGUAUAAAUGGUGUACUUUAAUUAUGCUGUAGCAGUGGAAAAGCUGUGUUAGGAAAUGUUUGCAAGUUAUUGGAAAGCUGCUGCUAAUAAAUGUUAAACACUGUGUGUGUAUUUAACACUGUUGUUUGCUAGCCUAAUUGUAUACAUUUUUUACCCCUUUCAUACAUUUUCAAAGGAUUUGGAUCUACUAACCUCAAUGAAAGGCACUUGCUUUAAUCAUAUAUGGCAAUAUUAUAAAUUUCAAUAAAUAAAUCCUAUUAUUUUGAAAGCAAAUAAAAUCCAAGGUAGUGAAUGAUCA